AUGAUUUUUAGCACCCUCAAGCAAGUGAGACCAGAUCUCAAUCCUGUUUCAGUCACCAUUGUCUAUGAAAGAGGGGCUCUUAAUAGCAUCACAACAUGUUUCCCAAACACAAAAUUUUUUGGAUGUUUUUUCCAUUUUGGGCAGUGCUUGUGGAGACAAACACAGGGCUUAGGACUACAGACUUGGUAUAAUGACCCAAGAAAUGCACUCAUCAUAAAGUCCGUUCAAGCUUUAGCAUUUGUGCCAGUCAGUGACGUUGCUGAAAGCUUCAAUGAAUUUGUCUCAGCAGUAGAUGAUGAAACUUAUGAACUUCUAUCCGAGUUUCUUAGCUACUUUGAAGCGACAUGGAUUGGUGUUGUACAGCGUGGAAGACGACGAAGACCAGUAUUCGAACUCAGGCUGUGGAACAUAUUGGAGAGAAACACGCGAGGCCUUCCACGGACAACAAACUCUCUUGAAGGAUGGCAUAGGGGGUUUGAGCAGAGAAAGGCAAUCACCCACCCCACCGUUUGCCGUCUCGUUUCAAAACUAAGAAAAGAGCAGUCGGACUGGGAGUUGACAAUUGAGCAGGCAGCAGCAGAAAUGGUAUUGAGGAAACCGAAGAAGUAUCAGAUAUUAAACACAAGACUGAAAUCUCUCAUUGAGAAAUAUGAGGAGUAUCCCAGAAUCGACUUCUUGAGAGCAAUUGCCCACAAUCUUUAA